AUGGACAACAGAUAUGGAAUUGGCCAAAAAGGCCUCAACACCACGGGUGGCAGCAAUCGAUUCAAGUUUCAGGGCAAGCAGGCGAGAGCCAAGCGCAUCGAUGUGGACGUGGCCCACAAGGUCCGCGCCGAGGGGUUCCUCGACGCCGACAAGGCGCAGAACCCGGAGGUGGAGGGCGGCUCCUUCUUCCAGCAGGAGCUUGACCGAAGCAAGGAGCUGAACGUCACGCCGCCGUUCAAGCGCUUCUACUACAAGGUCUGGCCUUUGGUCCAAUCUCUGCCGGAGCUCCUGCACCAUGCCCCGGCUGUGGUUGACAUGCUGCUGGCCUUGCUGGAGGACCCUGUGGUGGUGACUCAGGCCGGAGAGGAGACCCUCCAGCUGCUAUCGGUCCUCGCACGCGACCUCCAAAGCUCCUUCUUCCCGCACUUCCCGCGGGUGUCCACCGCUCUCAUCGGGCUCAUAGCGUCCCCCGACGUCUCCCCCGAGAUCUGCGGCCGGGUCCUCCGCUGCCUCGGCUUCCUCCUCAAGUUCGUGGCCCGCCCCCUGUCGAAGGACAUGGCUGCCGUGAGGGCGCUCUACGCCCCGCUCCUGGGGCACAAGAGGGACUUCGCGAGGAAGAUGGCGGCGCAGACGCUGGCGCCCGCGGUGCGGCGACUGAAGCCGAAGGCCAUGCGGCGGCACGCGAAGCAGCUGGUCGGGGCUCUCGCGGCUGGGAACGUCGAGGCUGCUGCGGGCGGCGCGGAGGCGGGGGCGAGGAGGCUGAGGGCGGACACACUGGACGGGUGCAGCCAGCUUCUGUUCUUCUCUGCGAAGGGGGUACACGGACGAACACAUUCUCAGGCUCCCGUAUUGCUAAGAGUCCUGCUGGACUCUCUUCUGCCCCCGAAGCUAUCGGACGCAAACGUGGCUCCAGGGGAACGGGCGGGAGAGGAGGACAACCUCAGUCGGCGAAAGGAGCUGGAAAGGGGUUGGUGUUUCGAGCUGGCAAGCGCCGUCCUCGCCCUCCUCGUCGAGCACGUCCGCUCCCCCCACAGCGCGGAGCUGUGGCUGGAGCUGCACUACGGCCUUGGCACCGCCACGGCGCGGCAUCGGGCCUCGCUGCCGCCCCCCCCCGCGCCUACCGGCGACAGGGGCGACCAGGAAGAGACCGCGCCUACCGGCGACAGGGGCGACCAGGAAGAGAGCGCGGAGUGCGCCGCCGUCCGCCGCACGGCAGACCUCCUCUCCCAGGCGGUGGGCCACAUGGGCGGCAUCCUCCUGCGAGAGGAGGCCAUCGGCGUGAAGCAGGCGGCGCUGCUCGCCGAGGCCCUGGCGGAGCUGACGUCUCCGGAGAUCUUCUGGCAGCCGGUGACCUCCCCCGGGUGCAGGAGGGCCGUGGUCGAGCUCCUGGCCGUCUCCCUGUGCGGCCUGCACAAGCAGCAGCGCCUCGUCAAGGUGAUGCCGAGGGUGAUCCGGGCGGCGGCGGCGGCGGCGGCGGCCGCCCCCCCAGUCGCCGUACGCGGGGAGCGUAGGGCAGACGACGGCACCACAGCGGCGGUAGAGUCUCUGGUAGCCGUAGACACCCACCCGGCGCUGGCGCUGGCGCGGUCUCUUCUCGGCGGAGUCGGUGCCGAGCGCACGGAGAACAAGCCCCCGCCCAUGCGCGUUACCCGCGCGGUCGCCCUCCGCCCCCUCCUGGAGGCGUGUUCGGGGCCUCUGUCCGGGCAGGCGGGGGUCGCCCUCGAGGUGCUGGUGCGAGUGAUUCACGGCACUGGGGUCGGGCUGGUGUUUGCAGGAGACAAGGUCAGAGGCAUCGGGGCAAGGAGACGCGCGGAAGUCGGCCGUGAUGACGACGAAAGCGAGGUGGAGGAGGAGGAGGAAGAGGACGAGGGGGGCGUGGGAGCGCUGGCGUCCGUGGCUGGGGCGGAAGGCCCUGGGUGUUUGCCCAUGGGGGUUGCUGAGGGACAACAGCUAGUGGAUGUCUGCUGCGCCAGCGUGGAGCUCGCAACGACGUCAUUGAAAGGCUCUCAUUCCAGCUUCGCGGCGACCGCAAGCGCCAGGCGGGAGGCGGCCGAACCGCCGCUCCUCGCGAUCGAGGCGCUCUUGGCCGCGUGCUCGGCUGCACUCAACGGCACCGAAGCCGGUUCGGAAAACCCAACGCCCUCUGCAGUUGCCCAGGGUACAGGUACGCCGGCGGCAGAUCCCGGCAGUGGUAGCGGCCGCCAGCGCCGUAAGCGCGGCGAGGGGAAGAGCGGCGGUGGCGCGGCCGCCGCCUCCGCUGCCGGUACGACUGUCGAGGGAUCAAGCGGUGGUGGCAAUGAUGGAGGCGGCGGCGGCGGCGGCGGCGGGGGCGAUCAGGCCGGCGGAGAGGGGCGUGGCGACGAGGGCAAGGUGCUGCGGGCUUACGCCCUGGAGGCUGGAGUGGGCCUGUGCUGCUUGUUGCCGGGGGGGGACGAGGGGGUGGCGCGGAAGGAGACGCUUGAGAGGCUGGUGGUGUGGCAUGGAAGGGCCAUGGAGUGGCUGAGCGCCUGCCCUUCCUCCAUCUCAACCCUCCGCGCGGUGGCUCUUCUUCUCCGCGCCAUCCGCGCCGCCGCGGGUGGCGACGGCACCCCCCCCCCCUGCCUCUCGGCGGAUGCCUCCUUACCGGUCAUCGCCCUCCUCGAGCCCAACCUGGCCUCUGACAGCCGCCUUCUCCGCCUUUCCACGGUACGGGUACUGGCACGGUACGACCCGCUUCCCCUGACGGAAGAACCCGCAGCAGCAGGAGGAGUAGGCUUGCCGCGGCAGAGCCAGGGCGAGUCCAGCUUGCUCGAGCUGGCGGAGGCGGUAGAGGAGCUUCCGGUCUCCGUUGCCGCAGAGCGGGACCUCAUGUGGAGGCUGGGUCAGCUGGAGGUGCUGGGGCGUUCGGGCCGGCUGCCCCGCCCGUACGCCCGCCUGCUGGCCACCCACGCCCUCGGCCUGCUGCGGGUCAAGUUCUCGGCCGUGUGGCCGCGGGCCGUGGCGAUAGUCUCGGCGCUUUACCGGAGGUCCCACCAACGCGAGGUGGUGUGGGAGCCGGUGCGAGCGACCCUCCGCAAGGUUAUGCCGCCGCCGGCCACGCGCCAGGAGGUGGCGGCCGUGCUUGAGGAGCAGCAGCGGGCUGCUCUUGUGACCGGGCUCGAGGAAAAUCAGCAGCAACAACAACAUGAUGAUGCAGCAGCCGCCGGAGGGGAUCAGUCCAAAGAGACCGCUGCUGAAAUCGGAGCUGCUGCGGGGCCGACCAAAGGCCCUGAAAACGGCGACGACAAGGGUAGCAACGACGUCGAGCCGGUAAAUCAUCAUCCGCAGCAGCCGAGACCCUCCUCCGGGCUGCGAGCGGCGAUACCCCCGCCGAAGCCCUGGGUCCCCAGGCUCCUGCCCCACGCGGCGGCGCUUGACGGGGGCCCCGCGAAGGAGAUGGACCUACCCGUGGCCUUGCAGGGCGUGUUCCGGGACGAGACCGUCCGGACCGGGCUCCAGCCGGAGUCGGGCGAGGUGCCGCUGUGGGCGAGCACCGACGCCGAUUCGGCGUUCGCGCAGGUGUGGGGAGUCCUUUCGCAGUGCCCCGAGCUCCUCCAGCAGCACAGCCGCACCGUCGUCCCCCUCUUCCUGGGCUUCAUGCAGUACCAGUACCUCGGGGACGCCGCCUUCCCCGAUGACCCGGAAACCCGCUCCGUAGGCGUUUCUUCGCACCUGACGCCGUCGGAGCGCGCCAGCGAGGGGCCCGGCGGUUGGGGCCCCGUGGUGCGAAGGGGGGGUAAGGGUGAAGGCGGGGAAGGGGAGGGGAGGACGGCCGAUCGCCGCAGCGUGCGGGGGCGACUGGUGGCCCUGCUCGGUGUUUUUGCCGCCGCGCCGGGACCGAAGAGCCUGUACAAGCAGCGGGUGCUGUUCGGGGUGUACCGGGCGCUGAUGGUCAUGCCGGACGACAAGGUCGCCGGGCUGGCGCUGCGGUGCAUGCUGGCGUACAGGCCUCCUUACCUGGCGAACCUCGAGGGCCUGAUGAACGACGAGACAUUCCGCGACGAGCUGGUCACGUUCUCGCUCGAAAGCGAGGUUACCAGCAACGUCGGCAGCGGUGACGUGUCCAUCAUAUCCUCGGGCUUGGCGGCCGCUGCCGAUCCCGCGACAAUAGACCCCCUCCACCGGCCGCGCCUCAUCCCGGUGGUGAUCCGUCUCGUCUACGGCCGCCUUGCCGCGUCGGGGUCUCGCGGCCGCGCCGGGGGGCACGGGGGCCCCGCGGCUCGGCGCGCGGCGGUGCUGGCGUUCCUCUCCGGCCUGGCCUCAGAGGAGCUCUCGGAGCUGUUCGCGCUGAUGGUCCGCCCUUUUCUCACCCCUGCGAUCAUGACGUCAUCGUCGUCGGAGGAGCAGGAGAGAGACGAAGGGCCGGCGGCGGAGUGUGAGGAGGCGGAGGAUGUGGUGAGGGCGGUCCGGGUGCUGGAGAGGGCGGCCGGGAUAACCCAGGCGCGCGUCGGGGGCGUGUCGGCGUCUCGGCAGGCCGGGUUCCUGAAGAUGGCGAGGGAGGUGGCGAAGCAGCUCGGCCAGAAGGCGCUGCCGUACGUCGAGACGGUGCUCGGGCUGGUGCUCGUCCUGCUGGAGCACUCGAACGCCGCGUCGGAAGCCGACCAGCGAAAGGCCGACGCGGGUAACAGCAGCAGCAACAACCAGGCAGGCGACAUGGAUGUGGACGAAGACCAAGUCGACGAUGACGACGAGGCGGGUGGGACUCCGGCCGCCUCUUCCGUUGUCGCUGGAAGGCGUUAUCCUUCAACAGGGAAGAUUUCUCCAGGGGCGCUCCGCACCCUGUGCCUCCGCGCGCUGUCGGAGCUCUUCUCCCAGUUUUCGACCACGUUCGACUUCGCCGCCCACAGCGGAGCCCUGUGGCCCGCCCUCGCCGGCCCAAUUGCCCGCCUCCCGGCCUCCACCAUCGGCGCCACGAGGAAGCCCGCGUUGCUCGCCUUCGCCGAGACACUGUCCGAGAACGAGGCGCUGCUGCCGACGUUUUCGCCAUCGUCGACCGGCGGCGGCGGCGGAGAGGCUCUCAUCCCGGCUGUUCUGGACUGCAUCUCGGCGGGCAGCGCGAGCGGGCGCGUCGCCGGCCCCGCAGUCGUGGGGGCGGCGCUGACCUUCGUGGAGCGGUUGCUGCGGCACGACGGCGGUUCCCUCCUGGCCCCCCACCUGAACCACCUCAUCUCAAACUUCGCGGCGCGCCUUAGCGUACGCGACACCUCCGGCGGUAGCGGCCGCGGGUUGGACUCUCACACCGAGCAGGGGCUCGCUAUUCUCGCCCGGGUCGCCGAGAUGACGACUUCUUCCGACCCCCCUCUCAGCAGCGGCGGCGGCGGCGGCGGGGCCGUGGACCCCGCGUCCAUGUCGAAGCUCGUCGCCCUGCUGAUACCGUCCCUCCAGCCCGACCACCGCCGGGGGUCCGACGAGGCCAAGAUCUCGAUCCUCCGGGCGGUGGCGGCGUUGGCCCUUCGGGUAGACUCCCCCGGCGCCCGCAAGGCCUGGCCAGCGCUCUCCCGCCUGCUGGGACCAGCGGGCGCGCGGCCGUCCGGCAUGGCUGCGGCGGCCCCGCGCGGGGAGCUCGUGCGCGCCCUGGAGGCGUUGGCGGGGCGGCCGGACCUGGCGGCGGCGGCGGUGGCCGCCGUCGCCCUCGUCGCCGAGCUGAACGCGCGGGACGCGGCGGCUCUCGACGAGCCGGACUUCGGCCGCGUCGUGCCGGCCUUCAACUCUCUGUCCGAGGGGACCGGUUGGGCGGACAUCGUUGCGGCAGGUGGGGCGGCGGAAUCGGUGCCGGUUCGGGAGCGGGAGGAGGUUGUUGCUGCCGGUUCGCUGGGCGGCGCUCUCGCCGCGACCCCCGUCGCACAGCACUGCCUCCACGCCAUGCACGAUCAGGAGGUGGCUCUCAGGGGAGCGGCGGGGGCGGCGCUCAAGCGACUCGUGCGGGAGUCGGCGGCGGCGGCGGUGUGCCGAGAUUCAACCUCGGUGGUGGGGACGACGACGGCGACGGCGACGGUGCGGUGCCCCUGGGAAGGCUUGAUGCGCACGGUGGUGAUGCCCGGGCUCAGGGCGGGGAUGGCGUGCCGCGUGGAGGCCGUGCGCAAGGGCUACAUCUCGCUGCUGCGGGAGACCGUGUCCGUCUACCAGGCAGCGGCGGCCGGCGGCGGCGGCGGGGGCGGUGGUGGUGACGGAGGAGGAGAGCGGGUCGGGGCGGCGGCCGUGGUGCCGACCGAUCUGUGGGCCCUUGCGAGGGCGGACGAUCCCGAGUCGGACUUCUUCCUCAACGCUUGCCACAUGCAGGUGCACCGGCGGGCGCGAGCUCUCGCGAAGGCGGCCAAGUCGUCGGAGGCCGGGCUGGUCGGCCAGGCGGUGCAGCUGGUCGGCGCCAUCGCGAGGCACCUCCCGUGGACGCACUACAACUCGGCGCUGCGCGGGCUCAUGCAGCAGGUCGCCGGCGGCAAGGGCGAGUCGGACAGCCACAGCCCCGAGAAGGAGCGGGCCAUGAUCGGCGCCGUGUGCCAGGUCCUCGACGGUUUCCACUUCGCUUUGAUUCCGCCCGGCGUCGUCGCCGAGCCUGCCGCCGCUUCCGCCGCCGCCGAACCCUCUUCUUCCACCGCAGUUGUCGUCUCGAACGGAGACGGCGCGGCGGCACCGGCGGAGAUGGUGGCAGGGGGGGGCGACGCGGUGUGGCGCGCCGUUAACGAUCGCUUGCUGGGCUCUCUCCGCUCCCUCCUCGUCAAAGAAGUCCGCGGGAAGUCCGGGGGCAAGGAGAAGGUGCUUCGCGCGCCGGUGGCGGUGGGCAUGCUAAACCUCAUCCGGAGGCUGCCCACGGACGCGUUCGAGCUGCAGCUCAAGCCCUUGCUGAUGACCGUGUGCCAGAGCCUCAAGUCGAGGGACUCCAACGCCCGCGACACGGCCAGAGAUACCCUCGCCAAGAUGGCGAGAGACCUGGGCCCGGACUACCUGCAGCAGGUCAUCACGGAGCUGAGGACCUGCCUGGUGACCGGCUACCAACUCCACGUACGAACCUUCACCCUCCACACGGUCCUCAAGACCGUGGCCGACUCGUACAAGCCGCCCAACCCCCCCUCGGUAGACGUCCGCAAUACCAAACCCGCCGAACCCGCUUCUUCUAGUGCCACCACCGACGCAGCAGACGCCGCGGUGAUGGAUGUAGACGGCGAGGAGAGUUCAGCGGCGGCGUUAGUGGUUCCCGCCGUGCCGUCUUCGCUGGUGAAGCCUUCCUUCGACGCGUGUAUUCCGGAGGUGGUGGAGCUGCUUAUGGAAGACCUCUUCGGGGAGUCGGCUGCUGCUAAGGAGGCCCAAGGAGCAAACGUUGCCUCGUCCAAGAUGAAGGAGGCUAAGGGGCAGAAGGCCUACGACUCGUUCGAGAUCGCGGCGAGGACCAUGCUCUUCCGGCCGACCUUCACCGUGCUAGCGCCGGAGGACGCGGCUUCGGCAUCGUCGGUGCACGCCCUGGUGGGCCCCGUGCUUUCCCUCCUGGAGGGAUGCGAGAACGCAAGGUCGGUGGGAAAGGCUAACGAGGCCCUCACAAGGAUCGGGAUGGGCCUGGCGGCUAACCCCAGCGUGACGGAGUCGGAGAUGCUCCUCUACGUUCACGCGACCGUGGCGCCGUUCCUUCUCCCCCAGACGUCGGAGGAGGACGACGACGACGAGAUGGAAGAGGGAGACAGCGAAGACAGCAGCGACAGCGACAGUGGUGCGGAGGGGCCGACCGCCGCGAGAAAGAAGGCCAAACGGGGCUCCGCUGGCGGCGGGGCGUCGUCCUCCGCCCGGCAGUGGAUGGCCUCUGAGGGUAACCUGAAGGGGCACUCCCGCCUCGCUGCCGCCGGCGAGAAGCGUCGGCGAGAGUGGGAGUCGGUACAAGUCUUGGACGGCGCCAGCGCUCCCAAGCACACCGGGCGUGACCGUCACGACGGCCGCGCCGCCGGCCGCCAGCGUCCGACCGUGGGGGGUUCCGCCGCAUCAUCACCUUCGUCGUCGCGGGUGAGGGGGGUCGACCUGGGCGACCCCGCGGCGCUCGGGGCGGUGACGCUGGCGAUGGGGCUGCUGCACUCGAGGCUGAAGGCGGAGGCGACGGCAAGGGGAGCCGGCAGACGGGCGGCGGCGAUGAAUAGGAGAGGGGAGGCGGUGCGGGCCAUGGCGGACCCGUUCGUCCCGCUGCUAACGAGGUGCAUCGGUAAGAACCCGCACACCCCGGUGGUCCUCCUCUCCCUAAAGAGCCUGGGCUACCUGCUCCACUGGGACCUGCCGUCGAUGAAGCGUUGCGCUCCCCUCGUGGGGAGGCACGUGCUCGCCCGACUUGUGAGGGGAGGGGUCGGCGGUAUCAGAGGAGAGAUGGGCCAGGCGUGCUUCAAGGCUCUGUCGAUGCUGUUCAAGAGCCAGGUGCAGGUGUUUGGGGUCCCUGGUGAGGAGGCCGGGCGGCGGAAGGGGAGGGGGGGGGGGUUGUUUGGCCUGGCGCCGAAGCGGCUGAGGGCCCUCCUGGUGGUGUUGCAGAUGGCGGUGGCGGAGACAGAGCACCAGAUCGCCACCUUCACGCUGAUCAAGGCCGUGGUUGCCCGGAGAGUCAUGCUUCCAGAGGUGUACGACCUCAUGACCAAGCUUGCCGAACUAGCGGUCACGAGCCACCGACCGACGCUGCGCGCCACCUCCGGCCAGACCUUCCUGACCUUCCUCCUGCACUACCCCCUGGGGGAGAAACGGCUGCAGUUUCACCUCAACCAGAUCGUCAGCGGGGUCUCCUACGAGCACGCCGAGGGGCGCCUCGCGGCACUCAACCUGUGCUCCCAGCUCCUCCGACGGCUCCCGGAGCCCAACCUCGACCAGCUCUCCAGCGUCUUCUACCUCGCCCUGGUGGUUCGCCUGGUCAGCGACCAAGCGGGGGAGUGCCGCGCCGCCGCGUCCACCGCCGUCCGGACCCUUCUUGACCGCGUGUCCCCCGCUGUGUUCCAGGAGCUCUUGGAGUUCACGGGGCAGUGGUUCGGGGAGAAGGAUGCGGGGGCCCCGUCGGGGGCGGGGGGGGGGGAAGAAGACCCCGGGCUCCGGCGAACGGCCGCUCAGGCCUGCGGGAUUUUCGUACAGGCGAGGCCGGAGCUCGUGCGGAAGGCGGCGGGGACCGGCGGCGGGGGCCGGUUGCCUUGGAUGCUGUCGGCGCUGUCCUUGAUGCUCCCGCGGCGAGCCGCCGAAGUCAUUGCCGCGGCCAGGAGCGCGGGCUGGGGGGACGCCGGCGGUUCAGUUGGCGCCGCCGCGGGGUCUUGCGGCGGCGGCGGCGGAGCGGAUGGUGAAUGGGAAGGCGUUUACCACGCCGUCCUGUCCAUAGGGAAGGCUUUCGACGCCCUACCGGGGGCGUGCAACACCGCCCUCAGCGGCGUCGGCGGCGGUGGCGGCGAUGAAGAUGAUGGGCUGUUCGAUCGGCUACUGGAGGUGUUGCUGUACCCGCAUGCCUGGGUGCGCCUCGCGGCCGCCCGCGUUUGGGGAUCGUUCUUCUCGAAGAGGGAUCCAGGGACCCUGGCCGUAAACACCGGCGGUGGCGGCGGCCAAGUAGAGGGAAGCCAGACACCGAAGCGAGUCCAAGGUGGCUCAACACCCGGGAAGUUGAAAGGGAAAGGCCGAGGCCAGCGGCGGGGUGAUGUUGCCGGGGAGGGAGCUGGGGUAGGCGACGGGGGGCAGGAGUUCGCUUCGAAGGAGACGUGUCCUGUUCCGCCUGUGCCAGAACCUGUGCUCUCAGCUCAACAGGUCGCAGGACGCCAGUAUCGAGUUUUUUCCGGUGGAGCUUUCCAGGAAAUUUGCUCUUGGCUGAUUUAUUUUCAUCUCUCAAUUCCCCACCUUGCACAGGUGGACCCGAAACUGACGGACCAGUGCGUCAAGAACCUGGUGUUUAUCGGCCGUGCGAUGCACCUCAACCCGGAGCUGUGCUUCGCCGAGGACGCCGGCGAAGAAGAAAACGCUUCUGGGACGGAAAGCCCGGCGAUGGAAGAAGCAAGCGACAGCGAGGGGGUUGAUGAUGACGGCGGAGAUGACGUCGCCGCCACCGCCGCCGAUUCUGCCGAUUCUUCUGCUGCCGGCGGCGGUAAGGCUACCACGUCCGGUGCCGCAGACCCGUUGAGAUGGGUGUUCAACCGCAUGUCCCACAUGGUGGUGCACAAGGGAGAGGCACGGAGGCGAGCGGUGUUCAGCUGGUUCCUGGCGAUGGUGGCCGUCCACGACCCCGCCGUUUCCGUGGCCCACCUGAAGCUCAUGCUUCUGCCGCUGCGGAGAGCGGUGUUAGACGCCGAGGCGGGCGGGGUGGAGCACAAGGCUGGGGGGUCUCAUGCCGGCGGUGGCGGUAGCGGUGGCGGGGGAGGGAGCGCAGCUGCUGAGAAGGAGCAAACUGCUGCGGAGCUAGCGACGGAGGUGAUGGAACUCCUGGAGGAGAAGGUUGGCAGCGGCCGCUUCCUCGAGGCCUUGACGGGAGUCAACAUGGAGAUCUCUCGGAAGCGGGUGGAGCGAAAGCGGCAGCGUGCGGUGGAGAAGGCCACGGAUCCGGCUGCGGCGGCAGAGCGGCGAAGGGAACGCACAGAAGCCGGGAAGAUCCAGAAGCGGAGAAAGGUGGAAGAGUCGGCCAAGCUCCGAGGAGGGACCAAGCGCAUGCGAAUGGGGGGCAUAGGCAUAUCCGGCCCUGGCGCCUCAAGGAAUGGAGGGGGGCGCGGUGGACGAGAUAGCAGUAGGGGCGGUAUGAGGGGGGGGCGGGGUGGCGGCAGAGGCACGGGGCAGGGGCGAGGUGGUGGUGGGCGUUUUGGUGGGAGAGGGGAGGGGAGGGGAAGAGGCGAGGGCGGUGGUAGGGGCGGAGGCGGCGGACGUUGUCGACGAUAA